CUCCCUCUCGGUGGUUCUCAGUCUGCUCCACAGGUGACGCCUCGGCCUAGCUGUUUAUAUGGUUGACCACCAUUUUAUCACAGAUAGCUAUAUAUUUCCUCACAUCGCAGCAAACGGAACAAAAUAUUGAUGGACUUUUAUCUUGAGGAAGUAGAAACAGGAACUAUGUGAGGCAGUUUUUAUAGUGGUCUGAGUUGCUGUGACACGGUUGCUGAACAGAAGUGGGAGCUGAAGGAUCAACGCUGUGCAAAAAGACUCAAGGAAGGACUAAUUUCAUCGAUUUCAUGUCGGAUUACAGCAACGGAGGAUUUUUCAACCGUGCGUACCAUGACAGUGAAACUCUGGAAAUUGAUAAAAGAGCCUCCAGCAAACACCCCCACAGUAACCCGUAUGCCCGCGAGGACCAGGGCUGGCAGGGGGGGAGGGAAGACUGGCUUCAGCCACCGAUGCAGCAUACUGGCAAUGAUGAUGCCCUGGGGAGGCUGCCAAGGGGUGUCUGGCAGGGACAGAGUUGGAGGGGGACAGACAACAUUCCCAUGGGGCUCGUCUCAAACAGCCCUGGGAGCCCCGUGUGGCAGCAUGAACCCAAUCAUAAUACAUUCCAGCGAGACCCUGCAGAUCAUUAUGAGACAUCACCACCAUCAAGACUCCAGUCUUCCAUUCCAGGUAACAUGUCAUUGCGGUGGAGAGGAAUGACAAUGAGGAGGAUGAGCAUAUUCCCUGAUAGUGACCCAGCUCAUCUAGCAUUCACAGAGGAUGCAAUCAGGCAUGAGAUAGAAAAUGAGGAACAGAAUUUGGUGAAAGAACUUGUAGCCCUGUCAACCCAAGACCGAAUUAGGGCAAUUCAGGAUCUUCCGAUGAGCUUUGCUGAGAAGAAACAUGUUAGGAGCCAAGUACUGGCAUUCAAGUCCAUUAAGAAGUCUCGUCGGUUGACAUGUUUUGCAGACUGCUCAGAGAACGUCUCAUUGUCUUUCCGUAGGUGUGGUUCAAACUUAACAUCAGCAAGACAGGCCCUGGAGUUAUGGCAAGGCACAAUGAAAGAGAUCGGUGGCAAGUUUGGCACUAGUGUGCUCUCUUUCUUCCUGUUCCUCAAGUGGCUGAUCGUGUUAAACAUUUUCUCCUUCCUGGUCAACUUUUGUUUCAUCACCACCCCAAUGCUUGUCUACGACCAUAGACCGGACAUACCCACUAAUGUGACCUUCAGGGGCCUGGAGAUACUGACUGGGGCUGGUUAUUUCGGCUACACUGUCAUGUACUAUGGUGGGUACAGCAACGAAACCAUCAUGGGCCUAUUGGAGUACAACAUGCAACUGGCAUAUUUCUUCACAAUUGCAGCCUAUAUGGUUCUGUGUGGAGCGUUACUUAUCUACAGCAUGGCAAGCUCAUUCAGAAGAAACUAUGUGCUGGCAGAUACCGCCUCAGGAGGUGCCUGGCAGCUCCUGUGUAGCUGGGACUUCAGCAUAACCAAUGAGAGGGCUGUGAGACAGCGUAAGAACAACCUCCGUGUCCAACUCAAGGAAUCUUUGUCAGAGAGGGCUCAGCGGGAACAGGUGACAAUGUCUGAGAAGAUGAAACACUUUGGGGUUCACCUGAGCGCCUGGUUCUUAUCCACCAGCCUUGCUGUUGGCUGUGCUGCUGCCAUUUACUACCUCAGCCAAUAUCAACAGCAGCGGACCACUGAUGCUGCCACAGAUGACUGGUCUCUGCUUCAAGAGGCUGAGACUCUCCUGGUACCCUUUGUGGUGUCCCUGAUUAACCUGAUCAUCCCACUCUUCUACUCCCUCUUUAACAAGUUUGAACAUUACUCCAACCAACGUGAACAGAUUUACGCCCUGGUAUUUAGAAAUGUGUUCCUUAAGAUGUCCAUACUGGGUAUCCUGUGUUAUUACUGGAUGCACGAGGUGGCGAAGCAGUUUUUGUGUUGGGAGUCCAUGGUGGGACAGGCUCUCUAUCGUCUGGUCAUAGCUGACUUCUUCUUCCUCAUGCUGGGAUCUUUCUUUGGAGAGUUUCUUAGCAAUUUGAUUGGGACCAGAUUACUACCAAGUAUAGGAGUUCCAGAGUUUGAUGUGGCCAGGAAUGUCUUGGAUCUUAUUUAUGCACAGACUCUGGCCUGGAUUGGACUCUAUUUUUCUCCUUUGCUGCCUGUCAUCCAGAUUUUCAAAUUCUUCAUCUUGUUCUACCUGAAAAAGGUGAGCCUGAUACAGAACUGCCAGCCUCCACGUCGCUCUGGUCGGGCAGCACAAAUGCAGACCAUCUUUAUUGCUCUCCUCUUCUUCCCUUCCUUUGUUGGGGCCCUGUCCAUGGUAGCCUACACUACCUGGAGCUUGACCCCCUCAAAACAGUGUGGUCCAUUCAGAGGCCUAAAUAAUGCCUUCAGUACUGUUACUGUCUGGAUAGAAGACUUAGAGAACAUCCCUGGUUCUAAGUGGGUCAUCUGGAUCUACCAGAACGUGAUCAAGAGCGAGAUAUUCUACUUCCUUAUCACUCUCACCAUCUUGGUCAUCGUAUACCUCUUCUGGCAAAUCACUCAGGGUCGCAAGUUGCUUAUUGUUCUCCUGAGACAACAGAUUGUUAAAGAGGGGAAAGACAAAGGUUUCCUCCUGGGCAAGCUUCAGAACCUUCAGCAAACCCAUUCCAAUAAAAAUCCCAAACAGUGGAACCAAAAAAAGCACACCGAACGAAGGUCGGGCAGGCCCUUGUCGGGUGGUCGAACCAACUCCAAUGUCUUGGUUCAGGCUUUGCUAUCUCGCGAACAGCUGGAAGAACAAGCGGAGAGAGGGGGCUCCAGUGGAGGGCCUGUUCCCUCUGACAUUUUGAUCUCCAGCACUCUGAAGACCGCCAUGCUUGCUCGUCAAAGGGCUGAAGAAGAGGAAAGAAGUUUUCAGAGGAUACCCUUCCCUUCAAAUCCCACGCCUUCCACUGACACCCUGGAUCAGGCCAUGCAAGCCAGGCAGAGGGUUGCAGGUCACGACAUGGGCGAUUACUGGAGGACGUCAGUGUUUUCAGAGAGCCCUCUAAAUAGCCAUAGUUCCAGUGCUAUGGUGCAGGUAAUGCAAGAAAGACAAAGAGCAGUGGAGGAUUAUCACGGACAAGAUGACAGUACAGAAAACGUGGCAUAUUCAACAUCCAGUAUUAUGAUGCAGGUCAUGGAAGCCAGACAGAGAGCAGAAGAGGAGGAAGGAGUUCAUAGCCUUCCGAGGUCAAAUGCACUAAUACAGGCAAUGCUGGCCCGACAGCAGGCCCAGAACGAGUACGACGACGGUUACUGAAACA